AUGAACGGAAAUCGUAAAAGAUCCGGCAACUGUGGUCCUCGUUUUACUCUGAUAUGCCAUUCACCUUUACCAGCUGAUUAGUUUUUAUUUAAUUUUUUAUAAUUUUAUUAUUUAUAAUUUUAUUAAUAUAUUUCCUUAUAUAAGUCAUAAACAGAUUAUUUUUCAAAUAUUAUCCUUUAUCAAACAACAAAGUCCGCGUCGGUUUUUAAAUUAGAGCAAGCAAAGGUUUAGUUCCAGUACAGUCCAAGUUUGAAACAUAACAAUGGCUUUCUCACAGUUGGCAAAAGCGAUUGUAAGGCAGUCUGUAAGGCCUUUGGUUAUGAGGAACUUUGGGACAACCAAUACAGCAUUCAGUGGAUACAACUUUGAAUUAAGCGAGACCCAGAAAGAGUUUCAGGACACAGCAAGGAAGUUUGCCAGAGAUGAAAUUAUCCCUGUGGCAGCCGAGUAUGACAGGACCGGAAACUUCCCCUGGGAUGUUUACAAGAAGGCUUUUAAGUUGGGGUUGAUUAAUGUACAUAUACCUGAAGAACUUGGUGGAUUGGGCAUGAACGUAUUCGAUUCGUGUCUUAUCGUCGAAGAGAUCGGUUAUGCCUGUAGCGGCAUGCAAACCGCUUUAGAGGGCACCGGCCUGGGCCAAACCCCGGUACUGAUAGCGGGCAACAAGGCGCAACAAAAGAAGUACCUGGGAAGACUCCUGGAGGAGCCCCUGGUGGCAGCUUAUUGCGUCACAGAACCUGCCGCCGGAUCUGACGUCAAUGGACUCAAAACCAAAGCUGAGAAGAAGGGAGACGAGUAUAUUCUCAAUGGGCAGAAGAUGUGGAUCACCGGGGGAGGGGUCGCCAACUGGUACUUCGUGUUGGCCAGGACCAAUAUGGACCCAAAAUGCCCCGCCAGCAAGGCCUUUACCGGGUUUAUCGUGGAAAGGGACUGGCCUGGAGUAACUCCUGGAAGAAAGGAAAUCAACAUGGGCCAGAGGGCCUCAGACACCCGCGGGAUCACCUUCGAGGACGUCAGGGUGCCCAAGGAGAACGUCCUGAUGAACGAAGGAGACGGUUUCAAGAUCGCCAUGCUCACCUUCGACAAAACCCGAGCCCCGGUGGCCGCCUCCGCGGUGGGUCUGGCCCAGAGAUGUCUGGACGAGGCCUCCAAGUACGCCCUGGAGCGUAAAACCUUCGGAGUGCCGAUAAUCAAUCAUCAAGCGGUCGCUUUUAUGUUAGCCGACAUGGCCAUAGGAAUCGAGACUGGCCGCACCGCCUGGAUGAAGGCCGCCUGGGAAACCGACAGGGGGCUGAGGAACAGCUACUCGGCGGCCAUAGCGAAGUGCUGGGCCGCCGAUAUGGCUAAUAAAUGUGCCGCGGACGCCGUCCAGAUCUUCGGUGGUAACGGAUUCAACAGCGAAUAUCCCGUGGAGAAACUGAUGAGGGACGCGAAGAUUUUCCAGAUUUACGAGGGCACGUCCCAGAUCCAGAAGUUGAUUAUUUCCAGGGCUUUGGCUGACAGGGCCAAGAAUCUUUAAUUUUAAGGCUUAAGUAAGAUUAAGGAUAUUUUUGAGGUUAAGGUGAUUUUUUUACAGAAGUGUAUAUUAUUAUUAAAUAAAAUGAUAAAUUGAU